UUCAGUAUAAAGAAAGCACCAGGACGAUGCAGUCAAGAAGAUAAGCUAAGUGUCCUUUUCUAUUUAUUACUACAGGUAUGUAGUAGCACGUUUAAACGUUCUGAUAUCAAAAUAAUAUGUCAUAACAUUUUAGGUAAUGAAUCCGUUAAGGUAUUAUCACGUUUGGUAAAGGUUUGAUGUGUAAUUUUUGUGUCAAACCGAGUGAAGCACAUGAUAACUAAGUUACAUAUUUAGAGGCUUUAGGGUUUGUCUGAGUGGAUGUACAUAAUUUUCGCAAGGUUAUUUCAUAAAUCUAUUUACUUGAGAUUUCUGAAUUUGUGUUGCAAGUUGUUGUUUUUUAUGUAAAAUUCACGAGCUGGUAAAAUGGCGGCGCCACUCGGUUUGCGUCAACGGACUUUUUAUAUAUAUUUUUUUAUUGCAACAAUAAUAACAAUAUUACACAUCAAUACAGGGACAUUACUGUGAAUACAAUGACAAAACAUGUAAAGUCCAGGCAGAGAGACAAUUUCACGGUUCCACCACUGUUUUGAAGCUUAAUGUAAUGAUCAAUAGUUUUCUACAUGUGUAAUAAUAUUCAGACACAUUCAGUUGUUUCUACCUUUAUCUAUAAAUGUUACUAUGGUGUGAUUUAAAUAAUACAGUGAAGACAAGGUUAUUCAUAAAAUAGUACAUAGUGCUGCCUAAAACAAACGGUAACCUUGUACUAAAUGUUUUUGAGUCAUUUAUGCAUUUGUGAAUUCAGGACAUCUACUAUACAUUAAGUGCACUUAAGUUGUGUAGCCUGAUUUUAAAGUGUAUACAUUGUCCUAAUGGGAAUCAGAUCUAUUGAAAUCGGAUCAGUGCUUGACUUGGACAGGAGCUCACCAGAGCGGAGUACCGGCACCUCAAAUUUCUGUUUGAGCUCAUGUUCCUCUUACAGAAUAUUAGCUCAACAGUAUUGUAGCGCUCCUGCACCUAAAUAUAAACAAUUAUUUUUUGAGAAUAAAUUAAGUGCCAGAACUUCCAAGACAAUAACUUUUGGGUCCGUUUCUCAUUAUUACUACAGGCCGACUCAGAUUAAGUCUGAGGCCGGUAACAUCAACAGUGAGGACAAACCCAGUCUGCCUCUCUCCUACAGGCCCAGGUUGCUCUGCAGGAUCCAGAGAUGGCAUCAGUGAAGCUGGAAGACUGCAGUCAAACACUGGAGCUGAAUGUCAACAUUAAAGAUGAAGAAGAGGAGGAGAUGAUUGGGAAAUCUGUUAGUCAUGGCCGACUCAGAUCAAGUCUGAGGCCGGUAAUAUCAGCAGUGAGGACAGACGCAACCUGCCUCUCUCCUUCCACACUGAGUCCAAACCUACAGUCACGGGGUCCUGAUUGUGACAGCGGAGCCCAGUUUGCACUGCAGGAUCCAGAGAUGACAUCAGUGAAGCUGGAAGACUGCAGUCAAACACUGGAGCUGAAUGCCAACAUUAAAGAUGAAGUGGAGGAGAAGAUUGGGACAUCUGUUUCUCAUGGAGACCACGUUGAGACAUUCUCUACAUCCAGAGAGCAACAGCAGGAAGAUCACAGAGCUAAGAGGUCUCACCACUGCCCACAUUGUGAGGAGAGUUUCCCAAUUCUAUCAAAGCUAAAAAUACACCUAAAAAUACAUACAGGAGAGAAUCUGUAUUUCUGCACUGACUGUGGGAAGAAUUUCACAACAUCAAAGGCUAUGACAGUUCAUCAGAGAGUACACACAGGAGAGAAGCCUUACUUCUGCUCUGACUGUGGAAAGAGUUUCUCUCGACGGGGCGACCUAAAAACACACAAACGUAUACAUACAGGAGAGAAGCCUUACUCCUGCUCUAAUUGUGUAAAAUGCUUCACCACAUCAGGUGAGCUAAAAAUUCACCAGAGAACACACACAGGAGAGAAGCCAUACUCCUGCUCUGACUGUAGGAAGAGGUUCUCUCAACUGAGCCACCUAAAACAGCAUGAACGCAUACACACAGGAAAGAAGCCGUACUCCUGCUCUGACUGCAUAAAAUGCUUCACAACAUCAUCUGAACUAAAAGUUCACCAGAGAACACACACAGGAGAGAAGCCUUACUUUUGCUCUGACUGUAGGGCGAGUUUCUCUCAUCUGGGAAACUUAAAACAACAUGAACGUGUACACACAGGCGAGAAGCCUUACUCCUGCUCUGAUUGUGGAAAGAGUUUUUCUCGACGGGGCCACUUUAAAACACAUGAGCAUAUACAUACAGGAGAUAAGCCUUACUCCUGCUCUGAUUGUGGAAAGAGUUUUUCUCGACAGGGCGAUCUAAAAAUACAUGAACGUAUACAUACAGGAGAGAAGCCUUACUCCUGCUCUAAUUGUAUAAAAUGCUUCACCACAUCAGGUGAGCUAAAAGUUCACCAGAGAACACACACAGGAGAGAAGCCAUACUCCUGCUCUGAUUGUAGGGCGAGUUUCUCUCAACUGAGCCACCUAAAACAGCAUGAACGUAUACACACAGGAGAGAAGCCUUACUCCUGCUCUGACUGUAGGAAGAGUUUCUCUCAAUCGAGCCACCUGAAACAGCAUGAACGUAUACACACAGGAGAAAAGUCUUACUCCUGCUCUGGCUGUGGAAAAUGCUUCACAACAUCAUCUGAGCUUAAAGUUCAUCAGAGAACACACACAGGAGAGAAGCCUUACUUCUGCUCUGACUGUGGGGCGAGAUUCUCUCAACUGGGAAACUUAAAACAACAUGAACGUAUACACACAGGAGAGAAGCCUUACUCCUGCUCUGACUGUGGGGCGAGUUUCUCUCAACCGUGCAACCUAAAAAAUCAUAAACGUAUACACACAGGAGAGAAGCCUUACUCCUGCUCUGACUGUAGAAAGAGUUUCUCUCAACUGGGCCACUUAAAAAGACACCAAGGUAUACAUAAAGGAGAGUAGCCUUACUACUGCAAUGACAGUUUCCACAGUUUUAAAUAAUCAGCUGAGCUAAACAAUCUUCAAAGAAUAUACACGGGAGAGUGGCCUUUCUUCUGCUCUUACUGUAGCAAGAGCUUCUCCCGAUUGGGCAAUGUAAAAACACACCAACGGCUACACACUUGAGAGAAGCCUCAUCAGUUCUCUCAGACCAGCUGAGAUUAGUCACUCCACUUAAUUCUUCUCAUAAAAUAAUUUGCAAUGUUGAAUUGGAUCAAAUGAAGAAUGUAUAGAACACUUUUAGUCUUAUUGUUUCUCACUGUGAGAGAACAAUGCAGAGAACAGGGAGCGUUAUGGAAUGAUCAGUGAGCAUCUUGUCAAUUUUGCAAUUUUGCUGACAGUUGUGAAUCUGAUGCAGCCGAAGAGCUACUGCCCCUUUACCUGGGAAAGCACCGAACAACAGACAGGGAUGUUGGACCAUCGAAGAGGUGCAAAUAUGAUGAGACCUACAUUGAUUUGGGGUUCACUUAUAUUGGGAAUAGUGCCUUUCCUCAGCCAAAGUGUGUUUAUAGCUCACAACUGAAACCUUCACUCUUGCGCAGACAUUUAGAAAAAAGCAUGCCAAAUUGAAAAAUAAGCCACAGGAGUUUUUUGAGCAAGAAUUAAGACAACUUUCGAGUAGUAAGACACCUAUUAAAGCAACAGAUACCAUUAAUAAGAAGGGGCUAGAAGCGUCUUAUACGGUGAGCUACCGAGUGGCUAGGACAGGCAAGCACCAUACUAUUGUGGAGGACUUCAUUCUUCCUGCUUCCGUGGAUAUGGCUGGAGGAAAGGCCCCAAAAAACUAUACCGCAUUGGUGACAUGGCAAGAGAUGUUUUGAUGCCUCCCGGGUGGCGCAGUGGUUAAGGGCGCUGUACUGCAGCGCCAGCUGUGCCAUCAGAGUCCCGGGGUUCGCGCCCAGGCUCUGUCGUGACCGGGAGGUCCGUGGGGCGACGCACAACUGGCCUAGCGUCGUCCGGGUUAGGGAGGGCUUGGUCGGUAGGGAUGUCCUUGUCUCAUCGCGCACCAGCGACUCCUGUGGCGGGCCGGGCGCAGUGUGCGCUAACCAAGGUUGCCAGGUGCUGGAUGCUGGCUUCCGGGUUGGAUGCGCGCUGUGUUAAGCAGUACGGCUGGUUGGGUUGUGUAUCGGAGGACGCAUGACUUUCAACCUUCGUCUCUUCCGAGCCCGUACGGGAGUUGUAGCGAUGAGACAAGAUAGUAGCUACUACAACAAUUGGAUACCACGAAAUUGGGGAGAAAAAGGGGUGUAAAAAAAAAAAAGAAAAAAAAAUGUUUUGAUACAAUUACUGCUUCGUAUAUACUAAUUAAGGAAGACAUCCUCUUCUGCAAACUACUGGAAACCAGGACAACAGGAUACCUUUUUAAAGUACUGGACAGCUUUGUGACAUCAAAUGGACUUUGGUGGUCAAGAUGUGUUGGUAUCUGUACUGAUGGCGCGAAAGCCAUGACAGGGAGACAUAGUGGAGUGGUAACGCUGGUGCAAGCAGUUGCUCCCGACGCUACUUUGGUACACUGCAACAUCCACCGAGAGGCUCUUGCUACCAAGGGAAUGCCUGACAGCUUGAAAGAUGUUUUGGACACUACAGUGAAAAUGAUUCACUUUGUUAAAGCAAGGCCCCUGAACUCUUGUGCAUUUUCUACACUAUGCAAUGAUAUGGGCAGCGACCAUGCAACGCUUUUACAACAUACAGAAGUGCGCUGGUCAUCAAGGGGCAAAGUAUUGACACGUUUUUUGAAAUUGAGAGACGUACUUAGUUUUUUUUUUUUACUGACCAUAAUUUUCACUUGUCUGACUGCUUGCAUGAUCAGUUCCUCACAUGACUGGCCUCUCUGGGUGAUGGUUUUUCUCACCUGAAUGAUCUGAAUCUAGGAUUACAGGGACUCUGCAGCUAUAUUCAAUGUGCGGGACAAAAUUGAGGCUAUGAUUAAGAAGUUUGCGCUCUUCUCUGUCUGCAUUAACAAGGACAACACACAGGUCUUUCCAUCAUUGUAUGAUAUUUUUGUGUGUGAAAAUGACCCUAAGCUCAUGAACAAUGUCAGAUGUGAUCUUGCGAAGCACCUGAGUGAGUUGGGUGCGCAAUUACACAGGUACUUUCGCGAAACGGAUGACACAAACAGCUGGAUUCGUUAUCCCUUCUAUGCCCCGCCUCCAGUCCACUUACCGAUAUCUGAUCAGGAGAGCCUCAUCAAAAUUACAAAAAGCGGAUCUGUGGAAAUGGAAUUUAAUCAGAAGCCACUGCCAGAUUUCUGGAUUUGGAUGCGCUCAGAGUAUCCUGCCUUGGCAAAUUGCGCUGUAAAGAUACUGAUGCCCUUUGCGACCACAUACUUAUGUGAGAGUGAAUUCUCGGCCCUCACUAGCAUAAAAACUAAAUACAGGUACAGACUGUGUGUGGAAAAUGAUUUAAGACGGAGACUCUCCAAUACAAACCAACAUUGCUAUGUGCAUCCUCUCAAGCACAACCUUCUCAUUAACCUGUGGUGAGUUAUUCACAAUUUUCAAUUAACAAGUAAGGUUUUAUAUGUAAAAUGGUUAAAGAACGAAAUGUAUUAUUAUUUGUGCCCUGGUCCUAUAAGAGCUCUUUGUCACUUCCAACAUGCCGGGUUGUGACAACAACUCACACUAAUUUCUUAUGUUUAAUAAAUGUAUCCUAUUGUGUGUGUGGCUUAUAAUAUUUGAGUGCGCUGACCCUGGUGCUAGAGGGGGUACGCAGCUCGAGGUUGAAUGUUUGAAGGAGUCCGGGACUAUAAACAUUUUGGGAUCCACUGGUCUAGAUAAUCCCAGUUCCUGCUGUGUCAUGCUGAUGGGAAGACUAGGGUAUGGAGAAAACCAUGAGUACAUGCAUCCAUGCCAUGUGUCAGCAUUGCAGGCUGGUGGUGUGAUGGUUGGGGUGUGUUUUCAGGGCACACAUUGGGCCCCUUGAUAAAAGUGGAACAACAUUUGAAUGCCACAGGAUAUUUAUACAUCAUUGCCAAUCAGGUGCCUCCCUUCAUGGCAGCAAUGUAUCCAUCUGCAAAUAGAUUUUUUUCAGCAGGAUUAUGCCCCAAGGCUUGUCCAGGAACGCUUCCACGAACAUAAAUGAAUUCAGCUUACUGCAGUAGCCUGCCGUGUCACCAGAUCUCGAUCCAAUUGAACAUCUGUGGGAAGAGAUAUUCACUCCUAGCCAACUUGGCACAACUGUGGGAAGCAUUGGAGUCAUGGCCCAGCAUCCCUGUGGGUUUCUUUCCACACCAUAUAGAGUUCAUGGCCUGACGAAUUGAGGCUGUUCUGAGGACAAAAGGAAUUGCAACUCAAUAUUAGGAAGGUGUUCCUAAUAUUUUGUACACUCAGUGCAAAAGGAAAGUAUUCAGACCCCUGGACUUUUUCCACAUUUUGUAAUGUUACAGCCUUAUCAUAAAAUUGAUUACAUUUUUAAAAAUGUCCUCAAUCUACACACAAUAGCCCAUAAUGACAAAUUGAAAAAAUGUUUUGGCAAAUAAUAAAUAAGUAUUCAUACCAUUUGCUAUGAGACUAAAACUUGUUCUCAGGUGCAUCCUGUUUCAAUCUAAUAUCCUUGUGAUGUUUCAACAACUUGAUUGGAGUCCACUUGGUAAAUUCAAUUCAAACAGGCACACACCUGUCUAUAUAAGGUCUCACAUUUGUCAGAGCAUAGUGAAGCAUGGUGGUGACAGCAUCAUGCUGUGGUUAUGUUUUUCAACGGCAGGGACUGGGAGACUAGUCAGGAUCGAGGAAGUUAGCAAAGUACAGAGAGAUUUUGAUGAGAACCUGCUACCGAGUGCUCAGGACCUGUUGACUAACUGUUGAAGUUAAUUGAUAUGUUUGUACAAUAAUUUGUUCUGGGCAACAUCUUCUCUUGUGUAUAAUUUUAAAUGAAACAAACUGUUUUAAUGUGUCUAUAUAUAAACCAAAUUUGAUCCCAUUCAUAUUCCUACAAACAAAUGGCCCACACUGUGUAUAUAUAAUUGUUGACAUCCGAUGGUCAUUCUUAUGGUGGGUUGCAAAAUGCAGGAUCCUUCCAAGUUGAACCCACCAGAGGGGGACUGUCAUGACGGUCCUGUGAGGAUCAGGUUACAGUGGAUCCCGGUUCUACAGAGCGAUCUCUCCCUCCCACAGUGGGGGAGAAGUAUAGAGGGAUUGACGGGGGGUGUGUAUGACCUCAUGCCCAUCGUAAAUUAUAAGGCAACAGCCCAACUCCAUUCUGUUCUCUGUGUGAGACUGGAAUGUCUGUGUGCAUUAGGAAGAGUUUACAGCCCAAAACUACAGAGCAUCAAAUAAAUGGACUUUGGGACAUGUAUAUUUGAUCAGCCAAAUGGUGGAAACAAUAUGAAAAUUAAUGUACAUUUUAUGUUAUUAAAAGUUGAGGAUGUUAACAAAAACAUUAACUUGAAGAGUUUUCAUACUGUAUAUGUGAUGUUUACAUACUUUGUGUAGAAAAUAUCCAGAUGAAAGAGAACGUUUUGGUGAUAAGACUGAUUUUAGUUGUCCAAACGAGAUCAUAGAAUAUCCUAAUACUUUGUAACUAGCUACGCCCCAGGGAACCCAGUGUGUGUCAUAAAGAUGGAAACGCCCCUUUCUACUCUAGGGUAUAAAACAUGAGUUAAGAAUUUACAUAUCAGACUAAGUUGACCACGCGCUGAGGUCUACGACUAGUCGUGACCCCGAAACGCAACACGAGGUUGAAGACAAAGUAAAUCUCUGAACAAUCAAGUUUAUGGUGGAGAAGCUAUUCUAAGUACUGUAUCUAGGACGUUGAAUUUAAGCAGAACCAUCCGGUUAUUCUUUUCAAGUCACCGGUUGUCUACACAGCCCUCUUACCCACGCCGGGAGCAUCGACACGCCUGAUUAGCCUCCUCAGAAGCCCACUCUCACAGAACGAGUGCAAGGAAACUGACAACUAUGAGAAAGGACAUUGACAUCGUUUGGAGAAUCAGAGACUUGCACCUGAAGACGAAUGAACAAGGCGUUGGCCAAACCUUUCCCACUAAUCGGAACUCGACCCACAAAGAGAUACCCAACGGAGACUUUCAACACGUAAAUACAUGCAUUACACUUUUAACCCAUAACAGGGGCAGUUCAGGGCAAGGUGUUAGGGCUGAAACUAGGGCUGAAACUAAGCAUAGUUUACAAAUGUAUCCAAGUGUUGAAUUUCUCUCUUUCUCUUUCUGUCUAUGUAAAUCUCUAUCUUGUGUUGGUCCACUAGGGACCUGUUGCCAUUGUAUGAAGUUCUAACCAAUAACCUAGACUGUUUGUGUAUAUGUAUCUUAUGUUAUCGUUUAGCUUGUUAAUAAAUAAUCAACUCAA